GCGAUGGAUCUUUUCCUAUCUCAUGCCAUUGAGAGUGGAAAUGAUGGUCGUGAUAGAUUGAAGGUGUCAGCAUCAAAAAUUGUGAACAAGUGUGGAAGGUUACCCAUUAUGGUUGUAGCAGUAGCAAAAACCUUGAGAAACCACGACCCAAAAGAAUGGGAGGCAGCUUUUGCAGCAACAGAAAAAGAUGCAUCCUUAAGGCACGGGAAUGUUGAUGAAGAAGCAAAGAAGUUUUAUAAUUCUUUGAGAUUAAGCUUCAAUUAUCUAGAUGCAAGAGCCCAAGAUCUCUUCCUUUUAUGUUCUUUAUUCCCAAGAGCUUAUGAUAUAUCAGUAGAGCUUUUAAGCAGAAUUGCUAUAGGGUUGGGACUUUGCGGAAAUGUUGACAGCUACUGUAUAGCAAGAAGUCAAGUGCUUUCAAUUAAAACCACACUUGUAAGUUCUGCUUUAUUGUUGACUGCUCCACAAGGAUGUGUAAAGAUGCAUGAUGUGAUUCGCGAUGUGGCCCAAUGGAUAGCAGAUGAAAAGAUUCAAGUAAUCAUGGAUUCAGAGACAAAAUUGAAGGAGAAUGUCAAAUAUUCAUCUUGGAUCAUAAAGGACUUUUCCAAUUAUUUUGAGGGUAGCAAUCUUGAGGUUCUUCUAGUAUGGGUAAAUGCAAAUGGUUCUUUGGAAGUCCCAGGUGCAUUCUUUGAUGGCAUAAAGGGACUUAGAGUUUUGCUUUUGUAUUCAAAGAUUAAGUAUGGGAGAACUUUGGCCUUGUCACUACCAAAAUCCAUUCAAUCUUUAGAAAAUAUCCAAACACUGUCCCUAACAAAUUGGAAGUUAGGUGAUAUAUCCAUUUUGCAAAACCUAAGAAAACUCCAGACUCUUGAAUUGACUAAUUGUUCAAUUAUUGAAUUGCCAUCUGAUGUCAGCCAACUAGAGAAAUUGAGAUUGCUAGGCUUGGUACGUUGUUCCGUCGAAAGGAAUAAUCCAUUUGAAGUGAUUGGAAGAUGCUUGAAGUUAGAAGUAUUGUAUUAUGUUUCAAAUGAUGACAAUCUUAACAUUGAUGCAAAGCCUUCUGAAAUUACGGUUCUUCAAGAAUUUGGAAUAUAUCAUAUAGAGGGCCACUCCUCCUUGCGUUCUUUUCAAUUGGAUGGUUCAACAAAAAGAUAUUUCAAUUCAACCCAGUUAAAAGGGAUCUUGUCUGAGGGCACAGUAAAAUCCCUGGCAGCAAGAGCAGAGAUUCUUGAGUUAACAGAAUGUGAUGAAACAUGGACAAAUCUUAUUCCUGAUGUGGUUCAAAUAAAAGACGGAGGCAUGAAUGACUUAAUUAGGCUCUGUUUGAGAUCUUGGCCGGCAAUACAGUGUCUAAUCUGUACAAAUGACAUUCAACCUGAUGCAACUAUCUUCUCCAAUUUAGUUCAGCUGCGACUUCAUGAUAUGCAUGUGAGGGAAUUAUGUUGUGGUGAUUAUCCUAAUGACUUUCUCAAGCAACUAGAGAAGCUAGACUUCAGUCGUUGUGUUGAACUAGAAGGCACAUUAUUCAAGGGCAAGCUAGAGCUGGGUAAUCUCAAGUGUAUAGAGAUAGAGGAUAGUUCAAUGACAUGUCUUUUCCAUUCAUCCACAGCUCAAAGUCUAAAGCGAUUAGAAAAUGUGUACAUAAGUGGAUGUUCUAAGCUGGAAUGCCUAAUAAGUGAUGAGAGAUCAGCAGAGCUGCCGAAAGUGGAUGAUCAUCAAGAUCCUAAUCAGAAGAACUAUCAUUCAAUGCUCCCGAAAUUGAAGUUUCUCGAGGUUAGAGAAUGUCAUGAAUUAACAUUUAUAUUGCCAAUUUGUUCUUGUAAAGAGCUAGAAAGCGUGAAAAUCUAUGAGUGUGAUGAGCUAAAAUACAUAUUUGGGCAUGAGGAGGGAGGACUGUAUCAAAUGGAAAAAGAAAUCAUCCUCCCUUUACUAAAAGAAUUAAAAAUUGCAAAUGCACCGAAAUUCGUCAACAUAUAUCCAGAAUGUUACCUCCCACAGCCUUCCCAAGUGAAGAAAUCAUGGGGUCUAUGCUGUUUUUUGCCAAAAUCAAGUGUCUCAAGUAGAGAUGGCCCAGCUUUUUCCAAGUCCACACAACUGGACUGUGCACAGGCAUUAAAGGAGAAACAUGUUGUGGGUAGAUCACAUGGACUUUUUACACCGCCAUUCUACCCAUACAAAAGUUUGAGAAAGGUGAAGAUAGAGGGAUUUUCUGAGUUAAAGUCACUAUUUACUCUAUCUGUUGCCUCAUCAUUGAAAUUGCUGGAAAAAUUGAAAGUCAUAAGGUGCAAUGCAAUGGAGCAGAUAGUAAUAGACGAGAAGCACAGUUAUUAUCACAUGAAUGGCAGUUCUAUCAGCUCUAUCUUUCCCAACUUACAGCAGAUCAAAGUAAUCGAGGCUGAAAAGUUGAAAUAUGUCUUUGGAAAAUGUCACUCCAAUCAGAAGCAUGAUGUUCAUGUGGAACUUAAUCUCCCAGCUUUCAAGGAACUGUACCUUGAUGAUGUCCCAAAUAUGUUUAGUAUUUGCUCCGAAAACUAUUAUGUGGAGGCAUUAUGUCUACGAGGUAUUUGUUUGGAAAAAUGCCCCCAGCUUCCCUUAAAAACUAUUAUAGAUCUAUCAGUUGAUGUGCGAAAAAGGCAAGAUCUCUCAAGGAUAAAGGCAUCAAAGGCGAAGUCUAUUCCCAGUACAACUCAUGAAUAUUUCACACCAACUUCAUAUCAAUGCAAUUUGCGAGAGAUUGAGAUAACUGGGUUUUCUAACUUAACAUCACUCUUUACCCUAUCCAUUGCCUCAUCACUGAAAUUGUUGGAAGGAUUGGUAGUCAAGCAGUGUGAUGCAUUAAAGCACAUAGUAACAGACGAGGGGCAUGGUCAUGACCAUAUAAAUGUCAGUUCUAUCUUUCCCAAAUUACGACGUGUUUAUGUUGUUAGUUGUAACCAUUUGGAAUAUAUAUUUUCAGCUUUUUAUUCAAAAGACUUUAAGGAUUUGGAAUUUGUGAGCAUUGUGAAGGUUGAAAGGUUGAAAUAUGUGUUCGGAAAGUGUCAUGCUGAUCAGAAUCAAAGUGAUCAGAUUGAACUUAAUCUCCCAGCUCUGAAAUAUCUGUACCUUCGUGACGUACCCAAUAUGGUUCAUAUUUGCACUGAAAACUAUCAUGUGAAGGCAUUAUAUGUAGAAAUUAUUCAUUUGGAAGGAUGUCCACAACUUCCCAUACAAACUUUUAUAGAUUUCUUGGUUGGUGGACAUAAAAGACAAGAUUUCUCAAGGAGAAAGGCAUUAUCUCUCAAGGAGAAAGGUAAGCCUCAGUCUGACUUGCAAGAGUUGCCUGAUUUUAGGGAUAUAAGCAUGGGGCCUAAAAAUUAUCUGAGCUUUCGAAAUCUCUCCAUGCUGAAAAUGGAAGGAUGCAAACAAUUGAAAUUUACAUUGUCUGCAUCUACUUCAAGAAGCAUACCAAAAUUGAGAAGCCUAAUUGUAUCAAACUGCGAGGAGCUAGUGAGCAUCAUUGAGGAUGAAGAGAAUGAGGUAAGGAGAGAAUGUUUCCCCGAGCUACAUAAAAUUGAAGUGAAGCAAUGCACGAAGUUGAAGUGCCUAUUGUCUAUGUCCACAUGUGGCAAGCUUCCACAGCUCAUGUUCUUGAUCAUAGAAGAUUCCCCUAAGCUUGGGCAAGUAUUUGGGUGGGAGAAAGGCACGCCACAAGAGUUGGUCAUGAAGGAUGUGCUUCCAAGGCUAUUUGCAUUAAGACUGAUAAAUCUACCAGCUCUUCAUACUAUCUGUCAAGGAAUUGAUUUUCAAAAUGUGAAAAUCCGUAUUGUGCAUCAUUGUCCUAACAUCACUUUAACUUCAGCUAAUGCCAGCUCCCGUGAAUUAUUUGAUGUUCAUAGAACAUUACGAAAUGAUCAGAUAAACACAGAUGAAGGCUACUACUACAAUACAUUUGAGAUUUUCGACUGGGCUCUCAAGAGGGAAAAUGAAGAAUCAAAGGAAGCUCUUGAGAGAGACAAGACAAUAUCUGAACAGAACAAUAGUUCUCCAGAACUAGCAAAUAGUGAAGAGGCACCCAAGGAGGUUGCUAAAAAUGACACCACAAUAGACAAGCCAAAAAGUAGUUCAUCAAAUUUGACUGAGAUUGAAGAAAAAGGAUCACAAGAGGUUAUUAGAAAAGACUGGACAAUGCCAAUUCGGAACAAUGGUUCUCCAAAUUUGGCAAAUAGUGAUGAAACAUUGAAGGAGAUUGCUGGAAAAGACUCAAAAACAGACGAACAGAAUGCUAAUUUGACGAAGAAUUCAAAAGCAUCAGCAAAUAAUGGAAUUGUUGAAGAACAACUUUCUAGUUCAAAUACAACGACAACUCUAUCAUCUAAUUCAGAUAUGAAUGUUGAAGCAACUGCUGGAGAAGAUCUUUCAUCUGAGAAUCAUGACAAAAGAAGUUCAUCAACUCAUUCUAAACGAGAAAUCUCAAAUCCAUGCACAUUAGCUUCUACCAAGAAGUCUCAAAUAGCAACUUCAAGUGCUCAUCCAAGACUAGGGAGCUCUCAAGCUGACCCAUUGGAUGAUUCUUCAAUUAUUGACUCUGCACAGAACAAGAAGACAGUGGAGGCAAGUGUUCAAGAAAGUCCAGAAUCAGAGGAAGCUGUUAGUACAAAUAAAGUUAAUGAUUCAGAACCGAGAACCAUGCCAGCACCAGUUGCUCAUCCUUCACAAAUUGAAUCUCCACAUGUCUCUUCAACUUGUCCUCAUAAGAAUGCUAAAACAACUACUUCAACUAUUCACACAGAAAACCUAUCAGACAUUUUCGAUGAUAAAUCUACACAGGAUCAAAUCAUGGUCAAUCAAAUCGAGAAUUCCAUUGAUGUUAAAAUUAGAGACGACUAUGCAAACCAUAAGCAAAUUGAGGAAGAUGAUCUUGUUAGAUUGUUUCGGGUUAUGAAGGAAAGUGCUGACAUGGAAAUUAAAAUGCCUUGCAAUUCUGAGAUUGCUGCUUUUGAAGAUGACGAGGUGGCUAAGACCUUUGCUGACCUAGAAUCCUCAUUGAAGAUGGAUCUGAAUCAGAUAGCUAGCUCAGAUGAUCACAGUCAUCGUCUUGAGAAUGCCCUCAACUUCCUUUCAACCUACUGUUCUUACAAUGGACCUCUCUUUCAUGGCCUCAAAGGCAAAAUAGACUCUCUCCACCAUGAAAUCCGAAGCACUGUGUUUUCCUUCAAGCAAGCUUCUGCUACCCUUGAAACAUUCAACAAGCUUGAAGAAAAAGAGAAGUUGAUCGAUGAAAAACAUGCUCAACAAAUGGAGGAAGCCAUUGGUCUUGUAUCUAAACUUCACAAUACUAAGAAGUGUAUGGCUGAAUUGAAGGAGCAGAUCUCUAUGUUACAGGCCGACUUGAAAAGGAAAGAAGAGGAAUUCAAAGACUGUGAGAUCAAACUCUCGUCUCUUCAACACCAAAAAGAGAGAAGAUUUUCAGACACCAUGGGGUUCAUGGAGGAGUACGAGGCUGUGAAGAGAGACAAAUUCUAUAUGGUGGAUGGCCAAGCAAAAGCAAGACAAGAUCUUGAGAGAGUGAAAAAGGAAUGGCCUUUCUGUGUAGUCAACUUGAGGAAAACAGUGCUUCUGCUAGAAAUUCUUCUUCAGCGGAAGCUUUAAGUCUUGGAGACUAUUAUGUAAAUGACCUAUAAAUUAUAAAAAGAAAGUAGAAAUUUCCAUUCAGAAUAUUUUGUAUUUUUUGUUGGUUGGGUUGUAAUAUUAUGGUGAUUUUCAGUUUAUUCACAGUUGGCUUGGGAUUCGGUUUGCUCAAAACUCUGUUGCAUGUAUUGAUCUGUUAAUAGUGAGGUUUUCUCAGGACUUGGUUCAA